GGGAGGGAGCGUUCAAACCGAAUCCCUCCGGCGUGAGGCAACCAGCGGGACGGCGCCGAAGUCCGAGGCGGGAUGAAGGCGGCGGCAAUUAAACCCCCCAGGCGGAAUGUGCUGAAGAAAGUAUCCAGCAACAGUCUGAAGGACCCUGUUGGGGUGUACUGCCGGGUGCGCCCAGUGCCGGAUCAAGAGUGCUGCAUCGAAGUGAUCAGUAGCACGACAGUCCAGGUUCACCCGCCUGAUGGAUACCGCAGCAGCCGCAAUGGGGAGUAUAAAGAGGUCCAGUAUUCAUUUAAAGAAGUGUUUGGAACCAACGUCUCUCAAAAAUGGGUUUUUGAUACGGUUGCUAGACCUCUCGUUGAAGACCUCAUCCAUGGAAAAAAUGGUCUCCUGUUUACAUAUGGAGUUACAGGGAGUGGGAAAACCCACACGAUGACGGGCUCCCCGGGCGACGGUGGACUUCUUCCCCGGUGUUUAGACAUGAUCUUCAACAGCAUAGGACUGUUCCAGGCCAAGCGAUAUGUUUUUAAGCUUGAUGAGAAGAAUGGGGUCGAGGUACAAUGUGAAGUUGAUGCCUUGCUUGAACGCCAGAAGAGGGAAGCUUUGCCGGUUCCAAAAACUCCAUCUGGCAACAGGCGGCAGAUCGACCCAGAAAUUGCUGACAUGAUCAACGUUCAAGAUAACUGCAAACUGGAAGAAGUCGAUGAAGACAAUGUUUACAGCGUAUUUGUCUCUUACAUCGAGAUUUAUAACAACUACAUCUAUGAUCUACUGGAUGAAGCCCCUUUUGAACCCAUCAAGCCAAAGUGGAACGGCUGUGGCACCCCGCUGCGAAACGUUGACUUUAUGCCUCCACAGUCCAAAAUACUCCGUGAGGAUCAGAAUCACAACAUGUAUGUCGCAGGAUGCACAGAAGUGGAAGUGAAGUCCACAGAGGAAGCUUUUGAAGUUUUCUGGAGAGGCCAGAAGAAGAGACGCAUUGCCAACACUCAACUCAAUCGUGAAUCCAGCCGUUCGCAUAGUGUGUUUCUAAUUAAAUUGGCCCAGGCUCCGCUGGAUGCGGAUGGAGACAAUGUUUUACAGGAGAGGGAACUGAUAACCUUGAGCCAGCUUUCUUUGGUUGACCUGGCAGGAAGUGAAAGGACAAACAGAACCAAAGCGGAAGGCAGCCGAUUACGUGAAGCAGGGAAUAUUAAUCAGUCAUUGAUGACGUUAAGGACUUGCAUAGAGGCUCUGCGGGAGAACCAAACCUAUGGAACUAACAAGAUGGUCCCCUAUCGAGACUCCAAACUGACCCAUCUUUUCAAGAAUUACUUUGACGGAGAAGGAAAAGUACGGAUGAUUGUCUGUGUGAACCCAAGGGCUGAAGACUACGAUGAGAGUUUGCAAGUGAUGCGGUUUGCAGAGAUAACCCAAGAAGUAGAGGUGGCAAGACCUCUUGACAAGCCUCUGUGUGGGUUAACCCCCGGCCGCCGGUUUAAGAAUCAGGCCUUCAGAGAGGAGCUUUCACGGCAGCUGGAAAUCCGAGGUGGCCCAAUAGAUGGUGAUCGAGAGCGGUCUGUCACGGAGGCACUCUUGCAGAGCUUUCCUCCGAUGCCCUCCUGUGAACUCCUAGACAUCAAUGACGACCAGACCCUUCCUCGACUGAUUGAAGUGCUUGAGAAGCGCCAUAGUAUCCGUCAGAUACUCACAGAAGAGUUCAACAAAAAUGUGCUUUUUGUGAAGGGUAUGCUGCAGGAACUUGAUGCCAGCCUUGCUUCCAGGGAGAACUACACUCAGGUGAAAAUGGCUGAAAAAGACAAAGCGAUAGUAGGACAAAAAACAGAGAUCGAGCGGCUGGAGAAGAAAGCCAAAACUCUGGAAUAUAAGAUUGACAUCUUGGAGAAAACCACGGCCAUUUAUGAAGAGGAGAAGCGCAACCUGCAGCUGGAGUUGGACACCAGGAGCCAGAAGCUGCAGCGACAGGCUUCUGAGAAACGUCGGCUUGAAAACCGGCUGCAGGGCAUGGUGACGGAGACCACGAUGAAGUGGGAGAAGGAAUGUGAGCGGCGAGUGGCAGCCAAGCAGCUCGAGAUGCAGAACAAACUCUGGGUGAAAGAUGAGAAGCUGAAGCAGCUGAAAGCAAUCGUCACGGAACCCAAGAGUGGCAAGCCAGAGAGGCCUUCUCGGGAAAAGGAUCGGGAGAAAGUCCUGCCACGAUCGCUGUCGCCUCCACCGGUCCCCUUUUCUAGUAACUGUGUCACUCAACUCCCUGCUCACCCGCCUGCCGCAAGUGAGCCACAGCUGCACAGGCGCUCUAACUCGUGCGACAGCAUUUCCGUGGCCUCCUGCAUCUCGGAAUGGGAGCAGAGGAGGCCUGCCUACAGCAGCAAGCAUCUCAGUGGCGUCAGUGGCGGCACACCCCGAGCCAGGACUAGGCUGCAGGAGCCAGAGCAAGCCAGGCCCUGUGCCAUGGCAGACAGAAGGCGGGGGAUGCACUGGACCGGAGCCCUUGAGUUCCCCAGCGAUAGAGAGGUGCUAGAGAACGCUCCGCCAGUUCGCCUCAGGCACAGGCGCUCUCGCUCAGCUGGGGAGAGAUGGGUGGAUCACAAGCCGUCCUCCAACAUACAGACAGAAACGGUCAUGCAGCCACAAGUCCCCCAUGCCAUCACGGUGGCCUCUGCCAGCGAGAAAGCCCUGGCCAAGUGUGACAAGUACAUGCUGACCCACCAGGAGCUGGCUUCCGACGGGGAGAUUGAGACGAAGUUGAUCAAGGGUGAUGUUUAUAAGACCAGAGGAGGUGGCCAGGCAGUCCACUUUACAGAGAUUGAAACCCUGAAACAGGAAUCACCAACCGGUCGAAAGCGCCGAUCAUCUCCCUCGGAUCCUCCACCAAAUGACGCUGCAGAGUCGGAAUGGACCGAUGUAGAAACACGAUGUUCCGUUGCAGUGGAAAUGAAGGCAGGCUCCAACCUUGGACCUGGAUACCAGCAUCACGCUCAGCCCAAGCGCAGGAGACCGUGAGGCGCUUGUUAGAGCUGCUCCUUUGUCCAAAGGAUCUUUCCGGGCUUCCUAGCCGGCUAUACCCAGCAGUGGCUCACAGAAACGACAUCUGGCCUCGCUCUACGCCUCGGCACUUAAGGAAGACGGCCUGCUUCUACUCUUACCUCUCGACUCCACCGCCUUGUAAAGCUGCCCCUCACGACCCAUUCGUGUUCUACGUAGCACAACCUUCUUUUCCUCUUGCCUUCCCAUGUCUUUUUAAAAGAGACUCUGUAUCAAAGUAUGCUGCUAUUUAUUUAGCUCUCUUGAAGUGUUUUAGGAUGUCUGGGUGCUAGGUUAGGAUUGCGGCCUUGAUUAGGAACAGCUCCCGCCUGAGCUUCUCGUGGGGCGAAAGUGCUGCCCAUGAAGCAGGAGCGUGGCUCUUCGGGGGGUGGAGGAGGACCUUGUCCCCAACCCCUCCGAGCUGUGGGGACGUCGGAUCCCCAGGAGCUGGCUUCCUUUUGCCCAUUUAUUACCUCUGGCGCAACGUGCAGUGCAGAGCAAAAGGACUCGUCGCUUCUUAAGUCUCAAAUGACAAAUAAAGACUUAAUGCACAAUA